ACAAAACUUAAAUAGACACACAGCUUUCCUACGGAAGCUGCCGCAGCGCAAACAGGCUUUAGCGUCAGCAUGGGUUCUCUGCAAGCUUCUGCAACUUUACGUCCUGCGGCGAGCAUCCCACGAGCUGCCGUGAAGCCAUGCACAAAUGGGAGGUCUGCAGAACCAGUCAGACCGAUGCUAAAGACGCUGCGCCUGCUAAGUAGGCAGUCUCAUUGUGAGCCUGGGAGCGUAUUUUGCAUGUUGCAUCGGAAAGGCGUCAGUGGAGUUCACAAACUUGUGCAGAUUGCAGGCUGGCAGCAAAGAGAGUUUACUGAGUCAGCAGGCCAAUAUUCCAAGCUGCAUAAAGCAAGGAAUGACGUCAGAUUGAAGAGUUCCAAACUGGAAACCCUCCAUCAGCCGUCAGAAGAACAGCUUGCACCGGAAGCUUGCAGUACCAAAGCAAGAUCGCGUUCGACAACAAACUUCCAAACAAGAGCCAGCGCUUGCCUGGCCGCCGAGAGGGCUGCUUUCGACGCCGGCCUACAGCCGCUGCUGAGGAAUCUGGUUUGCUCGGCCCUGGUGCUUCUGACGUCAGCAUCCAGCCUGGCUUUCGUCAGCCCAGCGGCAGCAGGAGCUGCUCCCAUGACCGUUGUCAGCGGUACAAACCAAGCCACCAGUUACGACUUGGGCAUGAGGUCCGCUCAGUCCGCCGUUCCGCUGUGGCGCUUGGCUUUCGUUGAGUACGCCAGCGUGUCCGACGUCCCAAACCCGAGGACAGACCAUGGGGGCUGGGUGGUGGAUGGCGCAAGCGUGAUGUCAGACUCCCAGAAAGAACACAUCGAGCGGGUUGCGCAGAAACUGAAGGACGAAACAGGUGCUGAAAUAACGGUGGUGACCGUUGAUCAGCUUUCGAGGAUGACGACCCCGAAGGCGUUCGCCACAGAGCUUUUCAACACGUGGGGCAUCGGCGACCAAGAGAAGAACAACGGAGUCUUGGUCUUGCUCGUCAAGGAGCAGAGGCGGCUGGAGAUCGAGAUCGGGCGGGGCCUCAACGCGCCCUUCAACAAGGCCUCCUGGCUCAAGGGCAUGCAGAAGCAAAGCAUGGUGCCGUUGCUGAAGAAGAACGACUUCGGGGGAGGCCUUGUCGCGGGAGUGGACGCGCUCGGGGACAAACUGAGGGCGGUCGAGACGGAGCCGGCAGCGCCCAGUGCGGAAGCGGCUAAAGAUAUGUCUGAUACAUUCGUCUGGCUUGGCCUCUUUCUCGGGCCCUUGGCGAGUCUCGCUGCUUUUCGUGCUUACCAGAACUGGCGACGUGAACGCAAGCAACGCAAGGAGUCGUCUGCUAGCGUCAAAGGAAGCAGCGGCGGAAAAAGCGGAAGCACCGGAAGUGGAAGCAGGUCGUAUACGAGGUCGACCUCGUAUGAUGAUGACGACUAUUACGUCGGCGGCUCGUAUCGGAGUGGGAGCUCGGGAUCGAGCUCCAGCAGCAGUAGCUCUAGCGACUCUAGUUACAGCAGCUCCGACUAUGGCGGCGGGUCGUCAGACGGCGGCGGAUGCGGCUCCGAUUUCUGAGCCAUGACAGCGGGUGCGCCCCAGUGAAGGUGCACGAUCAAUGAUCAGAACACGUCCGAUGCCAUCAUGUUGAGAGUCAGUGUUGUUUUGUGUGCUUCGAAUUCAGGUCCUUGCUUUGUGCUAUAAUCUGAAAGUCAGGUUGUGUAGUACUUCAUUCUUGAAAAAGGUUCACGUAGAAGUUCCAAAAACCAGAAAAACCGGGACUUUAUGCUGAGCUUUCGAAAGCUGUGCGACUAGAGCACUGAAGGCUUUCCUGGCGGAUUUUGAUUUUGUCAGUGUCGAUUUGAAUUCCGUCUUUCUGAUCCGCACCAUGGAACUAGCGACU